AUCUUGGAGCUCUUGUCACCUCUAUCGUCAAGUCAAGCUUCCUUCAGUAACCUCCUGUUCUCUCGAGCCGGGGGAGUCCGGUUCGAGCCGACGAAACCUCAUGCGCCGCCCCCAAUCGCAUCAGUCCCUCGCCCCGCGACGACGCCGGUGAUUGACGUCUUUCUACUACUUCGAAUCCAUUGCUUUUUCUACUACGAAUUAUACCCUUUCACGAGACUGUGAGCUUACGUUAUCCUACCUCGACGCAACCCCGCGCCCUCCCAAUACUUGGGGAAAAUCGCAAACCUUAUCCUCGAAACCGAAUCAUGAGCAGCCUUGACUCGGUCGGGUCAUUGCUUGCGGCCAUUGCGACUCUUUUAUCCCAGGGAUUGCGAAUCCUCAGUUUGGCCGACAAGAGCCACUGGGGACCGGACGAGCACGAGCAAGUACACGCCCUUGCUUCUGCGUUGGACGAAGCCAAGAAGGACUUUCAAGAAUUGGCACCUUUGGUUAAUGGACAGAUAUACUACGAAACCGACCGAAAACAUGAAUCCAUCGAGGAAUUGAGAGCUCUCAAAGCUCAAUUUACAGCUCAUAUAGAACAAAUACGAGAUUGGAGUCGCUCAGGCGGCCCAAUCAACCCAAUAUGGGUCCGCGAAACACAUGCUUUACAGCGAAAAUUGCACAGAGCACAAUGUCGAGCAGCACGUCGAAUAUAUAGCUCGGAAAAAGAAGGGUCGGCAAGAUGUUUGGGAGCUUUCCUCGUCUACCGACAACAGCGACAAUGGACGUUAAAUAAGACCGUGCCAGACGAGGCCGAGUAUUCGAGAAGAUAUCGAGAGGAGCUACGCUUAUGCAAUACUAUUGGGUCGUUUAAGCGAUUUGGCGAUCGAGAUAUUGCUUUCGUUUGCGAUUAUUGUGAUGGUCACAUAGUAUGGGAGGAUAUUGAGAAUAUGCCCUCGAUACGGACGUUCCAAGAAGCCGCCGCGUCUCCAAUUUUGACACUAUCACCAACAAUCGAUAACCCUCACUGGCAAGCAACAGCGUUUACAUUGUCUGGACACCAAGAGAAGCAGGUUGUAUUUGCGCCCGUAGCCAUCGCAAAUCAUAUGGCACCGCAACCUCGGGAUUGGCAGGCCGGUUUACUGUGUCCAUAUUGCGAAGUGGAAUCAACAGAACCUCAAGAGCAGUAUGAUGACGAGGAUGCAUAUCGACCAGAUUUGGGCUACGAAGACAUGGAGGCGUUUCAGGAACAUCUUGAAUGGCAACAUACAGUGACGGCGCCAACCUCUCAAGCACAGGCGGCUUCAGAUAAUUGCAUAGUGAUGUAGUUCAGAGUAAGUGGUCGGUUUUGGGACUUGUUAACAAAAAUAUGGUGUUUUCCUUGAUGAUUUUGGGUAGAGCAGAUGACAUCUGGAGUUUGGAGUCUCAUACGGUAUUACCUAGGUGAGACAGCAUGGUUUAGGAGCAGCAUUGAGGUUAUGAUUAGCAAGAAUUGCCAAAGCCAGCACGGAUAGACGAAUUAACUUGUCAUAAAUGAUCACAUAAGUACACAACCC